UCGCCUUGCCAACGUCGCCAGUGUUGGUGGUGCCCGGCCUGCUGACUCUUCUUCCGUCUCCGAGAGCAGUCACCGUCGCGUGACCCUCGUCGACGCCGAAAUAGUGUGGGCGGGAUAGGAGUGUGCUCAAUAGAGGCUACCGGACUGUUGUCCUGUCGUCCCGGGCUCCGGACCACUUUUGCCCUGCCUGCUCGCUCGCGCCGACGUCAGCAGGCCAUUGUUUUCCUGCUCGCUUGCUCGGCGAGCGGAGGUGUGCCGCUUCGUGUCCUGCGAUGUUGUUCCCGGAGGACAAGUGGCUAUAACGGUUGACAAAGACCGCACGUCCUCUGGACCAAGAUGGCGGUGGCGUCCGGUGGUGGUGGAGGAGGGGGCGCUUCCGACUCGAGCGACUCGGCCGGUGGUGGCGGCGGCGGUGCGAACAACAACAAGGAGACGACAUGGGAGUACGUCGAGGCCAAGACGCAGACGCACACCGUGACCAGCGUGGACUGCUGCACCUCCUGCUACUACUUCUGCUGGUACCAGCACGUGCACCGCAACGACAUCGACUCGCUCUACCAGCGGUACUUCCUGCACCUGAACCGGCGCAGCCUCACCGCGCUUCUGGGCGUCAUGGCGGCGCUCUGCGCCCUCGGGGCGCUCCUGGACCUGGCGCUGUCCCAGCGGCCAUCCCAGCCCCCGCCGGCGGCUCGCGCCGCAGCGUUCGGCGCGCUGCUCGUCUUCUACCUGGCGCUGGUGUACGCCACGCUGCAGACCUCGUUCCGCCAGGUGCACCUGCUCGUGUGCAGCUAUCUGGUGCUCGGCUCGUUCGUAGUGCUCGUGGCGCUCGUGGCGCUCCUUGACCCCAGCGCUGCCGAGCGCGCCGUCGUGUCCGACCUGUGGUGCGCGCUCUUCCUCGUGUACGUGUCGUACGCCCUGGUGCCGGUGCGCAUGCGUGACAGCGCCGUCGCCGGAGUCCUGCUGGCCGGAACCUACCUGGCCUGCAAUCUCGCACUGCACGCUGACACCCUGCACUGGAAGCGGGUGACGUGCAACGUGAUACUGCUGGUGGCGGUGAACACCAUCGGCAUGUUCUCGCACUACCCGAGCAAGGCGGCCCAAAGGCAAGCCUUCCUCGAGACGAGACAGUGCAUCGAGUCAAGGCUAAGCAUACAGCGCGAAAAUCAAAAGCAGGAGCAACUCUUGCUCUCCGUUCUUCCACGCCACGUUGCGAUGGAGAUGAAGGCGGACAUCGCGAAAAAGCCGCAGGACUCCAUGUUUCACAAAAUCUACAUCCACCGGCACGAGAACGUCAGCAUCCUGUUCGCGGACAUAUGCGGCUUCACGAGCCUCGCGUCCCAGUGCACGGCCGAAGAAGUGGUGCGCAUGCUGAACGAACUGUUCGCGCGCUUCGACAAGCUCGCCGCCGAGAAUCACUGCCUCCGCAUCAAGAUUCUCGGAGACUGCUACUACUGCGUCUCAGGCUUGCCGGACCCGCGACCAGACCACGCUCAGUGCUGCGUCGAGAUGGGACUCGACAUGAUCGAGGCCAUUGCACUCGUCCGUGACGUGACAGGUGUUAACGUCAACAUGCGAGUCGGCAUCCACACCGGGAGGGUCCACUGUGGUGUCCUCGGACUCAAGAAGUGGCAGUUCGACGUGUGGUCUAACGACGUCACGCUCGCAAACUACAUGGAAGCGGGCGGAAUCCCAGGGAGCGUGCACAUCACCAAGGAAACGCUGCAGUUCCUGGGCGACGACUACGAGGUGGUCCCAGGCGAGGGCGGCCAGCGACACCCGUACCUGCGCGACCACAACAUCGAGACGUACAUCAUCAUUCCAAACGACAAGAAGCGCAUGGCGCCCCCCGAGAACAACACGUCGGCGGCGCUGCACGGGGUCGCCAAGGAGAUACGCAUCAUGGGGCAUGCGAACGCCAGGCGACACGUCAACAUGAGGAUCAAGGGCUACUCGGGCGGCGAGAAGAAGAAGAACUCGCAGGAGGAAGUGAACGACUACCUGUCGCACGCCAUCGACGCCCACAGCAUCGAGCAGCUCCGCGCCGAGCACUGCAAGAAACUUACGCUCACUUUCCACAAGGCCGACGUCGAGGAGAAGUACAUGAAGGAGCCGGAUCCGAUGCUGGGCGUGUACAUCGUGUGUGCGGAAGUUGUGCUGGUGUUCAUAUUUAUCAUACACAUGAUCAUACUGGACUUAUCGUGGAUCCGGGUGUUCAUCCAGAUAGGAGGAAUCGCCCUUAUAAUUAUGGUUAUAUGUAUCAUCCUGUGCCUGCACCUAGAGCUUUUCACAGCUGUGAUUCCUUCCAAGUGUUACAAGAUUUCCGAGAAACUCACGGGGAACAGAUUGCAUAGCCAAGUUAUUUCAAUUGUAAUCUUAAUCAUUGUGUACGUCGGCUGCAUGACAUCGGCGAUUUUGCCCGAAUCCGAGGACGUCGCGUCGUGUUGGUACUACGACGACAAUUUCACGAUGGUAGCAAACGUAACGUGUAUGCAAGAGAACUACGUGAACGUGCCUGAGUACCUCAUGCUCUGUAUGGCUCUGGUGCUCCUAGCCUGCGCAGCUGUACUCGUGCUGACGACAGUCGAGAAGCUGGUGCUCCUGCUCAUCUUCAGCUUGCCUUUCUGCGCACUGAGCUUCACGUGGGACAACAGCCUGUGGAACUUCGUUCCUGGCGCCACUAAUGUGCUUUACCUGAAGACUGUGGUGGUGCUCGUGCUGUGCCUCUACAUAGCAGUCCUGGUGAUCCAUGGCUUCCAAACCGAGGCCACAUCUCGCCUUGACUUUUUAUGGAAGCUUCAAGCGAUGGAAGAGAAGGAAGACAUGGAAGACCUGCAGGCGUACAAUCGAAAGUUACUGGGAAAUAUCUUGCCUGCACAUGUCGCCGAGUACUUCCUCUCAUCUGAUCACAGGCACGAGGACCUAUAUCACGAGCAGCGUGACAGUGUUGGCAUCAUGUUUGCAUCCAUUCCAAACUUCAGUGAAUUCUAUAUGGAAUUAGAAGCCAACAAUGAAGGUGUGGAAUGCCUACGCUUGCUAAAUGAAAUCAUUGCCGACUUUGAUGAGCUGCUGUCAGAGGAACAGUUCAGGUGCAUAGAGAAAAUCAAGACGACGGGCUACACGUAUAUGGCAGCCUCAGGCCUCACCAUGACGCAAGAGGACAUAGCAAACAAUGUACAUGUAGUGGCCAUGGCUGAAUAUGCACUAAGGAUGCAGGAGCAGCUUCACCAUGUCAACGAGCAUUCCUUCAACCACUUCAAGAUCAGGAUAGGCCUUAAUGUGGGACCUGUUGUUGCUGGUGUUAUUGGUGCAAAGAAGCCACAUUAUGACAUCUGGGGAAAUGCUGUCAAUGUUGCAAGCAGGAUGGAUUCUACGGGUGAAGUGGAAAAAAUUCAGGUGACCCAGGAAGUUUACAGCAUACUGGAACCCCUGGGCUACCCGCUGGAAUGCCGGGGUUACAUCACUGUGAAGGGCAAAGGGGACAUGCUCACUUAUUUCCUGACGGGCAGACGGAAGCCAGUGGCCGACUCCGGCAACAACCAGCUGUAAAACACCACUUUCACUCCAAAGACCUUGCUUGAUGUGGGGCCAGCUGCCCCGCGUACAUACGUACGUGCAUAAAUAUGAGUUGUUUUUAAUUACCAUUGUUGCAAACGCCACACACAAAAGCUCCAGGCAAGCCCACGUGCCUGAACUUUCACCCUGUUGCAAUGAUAGACAUUACUAGAGAAAUUCCAGAGUUGUUAGUGCUCUUGUUUUAGGGUGUCGCUACAUUCUGCUAAUGUUUACAUUCCACUAUGUGUAAUAUAUGCCUUUUCUCUUUAGGUGUCAGCCCACACCCAUUUGUUGCGAUGUCACGGGCUUAGUCCACUGUGCAUAAGACAUUCUUCAUGAAUAGUUUUGUGUUAGUUAAAUUGCACUGUUUCCUCAAGAAUGUGUUAGUGCUUGAGUUUUAUUUCAGUUCUGCGGUGGUUUCUUUGUUAUUGAGAGUACCAAUGUACAGCGAUCUGUGUGUGCCAACUGUGUAAGAGAAUUUGAGUGCAGUGAAGUGUGCAUGCAAGAAGAGGGGGCUUAAGAGAGUGUUAUUUGUAAACCGUCUGUAAUUCUUCUGAAGUCACUUUAGAAGUUGCAUUGGGACUUACGUCUGUUUGAAUUGUGAAUAUUAAUUUUGAGGUCUCCAGCAGGAUUGAAGAAUGUUUUUGUUUCUGCUUCUUGGCAACCUGGGUAUCUCAGUGGGGGAAUAUUAUUUCUGCGCUGCUGAAACUUGCAUUAAAGUGGCAGAGGCACAGAGUUUCAUGAACAUUGUAAAGCUUUAACAUACAAAGCUCCAAAUCUCUUCAUCUCAGUAAGGAAAAACUGGGCUGUGAAAAAGCAAGCUAGUAGCUUUGCUUUAUGACUAUACACACCCUUUAAAAAGAAGUGUCUUCCAAGCCAUGGAACAGCACUUAACGAAAACAUUCACAUAGCCCAUGAAAUUAAGGUAAUCCAUGCCAUUGCUUUUUACAAAUGAAAGGCUGACUAGUGUUUAUAACAACAAUAACAAAAAAGUGUCAGUCUUGCACAGCUUAUUAUAUUUGUGUACUGCCAGGAUGGCAUAAGUUGUAGAUGGUUAUACAAGCCAUAAAGCACAUGCUUCAGUGAUUUUAUGUUGAGCCUUGUUAGAAAUUGGGGUGAUCUGUAUUCCAUGGAAAGACAUUGACAUAACAUAGUUGAUUGCGCUGCCAUUAGUAAUGCAUUGUAUGUUGAAAGUUUAUUGUAAUGAUGUUUAGCGGCCAGCUGAACUUACUUUAUGAUGACCACUAUCUGGUCGGCAUGGCAAAUAUUGUCUGCUGGGGGGGUUGUGGAGUGUAGUUAUUACUGAGUAAGCAAAUGGCAAAGCUAAAGCUCUCCAGGCAUUGCCAAAUAGUUAUGAAAGAAAUCAAGAAUGGGUGUACAUGUUACAGUUGAUUAUUUUGUACUUUUAUCUUCUGCAGUGUGAUAACUACUUUCUCUAAUGUAGCUGCAAUGGUGAUCCAUUUCCACCGUAGUUGUGCGUGCAAAAGUAGUGAUGUAACAGGUUUUCUGUAUCGGUGCUUGCACAGCCGUAGCAGCAUUCACCUUUUAAAGCCAGGAUCUUGUUUGGUAACAUCUGGUGUAAUCCACAUUGGAAACUCCUUUUUCACUGUACAAUCGACUUCUGUUAAUUCGACCUUGACGGGACCAACGAAAUUGGUUGCUACCUGCAGGUCAAAUAAACAAGAUGCAGAAAAAGCUCCAAAAUAUACUGCUGAUUUAUUUGACAGUAUUUUCUGGAUUUUAACACCCGUUUUAACACCCAUUUUAAACACCCCUUUUUUUUUCUGGAUUUUAACACCCCUUUUUUUAACACCCCUUUUAAAACGCAUGCCCAGUUUUCAUGUGUCCCAAGUAUUAAACUAACAUAGAAAUGACAUUAAAUCUCCUAAAAAAAGUAAAAGCCUAAUGCGCACCAUAUUUUUUUAGCAAGAAAAAUAGUAAAUAUGUGUCACCCAACGGUGGCCGGGUUUCUAAAGUCAGCUUCGCCGCAAUGCAUUGGGUUAUGCUGCAAUGCGCUCAAGCACAUGAUCGCUGUGAAAAUGGUUUUGGUAUUGUCUGACUGCAUUGCAAAAGCAAUUUUAAUUUUUUAAAAAGAAAGGCGAGUGUUAGAAUCGGGUAAAUACCGUAACCAGGCAUUGCAAGCCAUGGCUAUAGCUUGAAAAUCUUCUUAGGGGAGGCCGAAGAUCUAUGUUUUCGAUAAGAUCGUAUGUGCGUUUAACCCAUUCGCUGCUCCUAAUCUUCGCUGAGACUGACGCUGCCCCUAAAGGGGUUUCUAUUGGAGUCACUGUAGGAGUCAGACGUGUGCUUGUCGACUGGUCAAGUUCACUCAUUUUCUCAAUGAGUGUAUGCAUAAGAAUUUGUUGUUUGACUAACUGUUUGAACAUUAUUGUUCAACAUAAGUUGAUGCAGUCUAAGUAUAAGAGGAAUUUACUUUCAUUGUUUAUUAUAAUUUUUCAUACGUAAUGUCUCAAAGCGGCACUGCAGAACACAAGAAAAGCCACAGUGGAGAGCUCCGGAUAAAUUUUGACAACCUCGAUUUCUUCAUUAUGUGUGCAAAUCUAAAGAGGCAACCACAUGUGCUGAUAUUCAAACGACGUGACAGGCACACACUGUCACGCUGUCGCAAUGCGGACCAAACGCAUGGACGCAACCUCACAAAAAAAGUAACAACAAAUUUCCAUUGUCGUCCGAAUAAAUACUAUCAUGCACUCGUAAAGAAAUCUCAAACAUACCACGAGAACAAUGUGUUAAUCCCAGUGCAUUAGAUCUAGCUUUAAUAUGCUGUCAUCACCUGUGUGAAUCCAUUCCAUGCCGCUAGCGUGAAGCGCUGUGGUGCCAUCUGGUGAGCGAAAUUGAAAGCACUUGCACAGCUCUCGGUAGCAUCUCAAGCCUAACAACGUCAAAGCAAACAACCACUCUCAAUAAUAACGACAAGACAGCACCAAUACUUUGUCCUCAGCGUGAAAUGAGACAAAGCGAUUGCUAAUUUUACUGUUUAGUUUUUGCUGUCACAUCAAAGAGCAAGUUGCAAGAGAAAAUUCAGAUCGAAGUGGGCGGACUGGUUGCAUCCAUAGUGUUGCACAAUCAUGCCGCCCUCAGUGGAAGUCUCCGUAUGGACUUCUGAACAACGAGCAAAAUUUUCUGACUGACCAGUAACUGCGACGCUACAAGUGACAGCGACGGAUAGCCCUCUGCAAAGGCAAAAUCUGCCGCUCAAAAAUUGCAUGCAUGCGAUUGCACCUUAACUAUACAAGCAUUUUUCAAUUCCGCUGCAAUCGGAAGGGAACUGCUAUUGCUGAAAUUUGAUGCCGUGGCCUCUUGCACAGAGCAAAAUGUCUUGUCCAUUGCAUUGGCUUCAUUGCUAUAGCAUUGUGCUGCAAAGCAUGAGGUCGUGAGCUGGAAUAUUGAUUGCGGCAGCCUCAUUUUGGGUGGCAAAAACACUUGUGUACUUGAUCUGGGUGUACGUCAACAAACCUAAGAUGGUCAUAAUUAAUCCGACGUGCCCGCCAUGGUAUGCUUCAUAAUCGCAUAAUAGUUUUGGCACAUAAGACUGCAGAACUUGUGAAAUAUUUAUUAGAAGAAUGUCACAAUAUUUGAGCUACUGUGGUAAAUACCGUUUGGAGGUAAAGUGAGAACAGAAACUGCAGCUAACCACGCCCUCACAUGGGGACCAAAAAUGAACAAGCUACUCAAAAAAGAGUGCUUAUAGAUGUCAUUAUACUGAACUGUGUUCAACAACUGUGUGUUUGGGCAGUGCAAGAUAAUUCUUGAUGCAGACUUUUUUAGACGUUGGGUUCUCGUGCUGCAUUAUGUGUGUGCAUUUUCAAGGCCAAAUGGCUGUUUCUGCGGCCUCUUUUGAUAGCAGAUGCCAGUUUUGUGUUUGUUCUUGUAUUUGAAAUUUGUGGGAAUAAUUUUGCUAUAUGUCCAUCCUGCUUUUCUUUUCUUGACAUUGCAAUGGUUAGAAAAGGCCGCGAAAUGUAGCAGUUUUUCUGAUACUGCAUCACUGAAUGUUUUCAUUCAAUAUAUAUUACAGCACAUUUGUUGAUGAAAUGUUUUUAAGCAGUUUUCUGCGGUGACUGGGCUGUUGGUGCAUCACAUCAAGCUUACUUUUUGGCAGCCUUAUAGUGCGGACGUCACACAGUAUAAUAUGGUGAAAUCAAACCCCCGUUUCUUUUUUGUCCAUCUCUGUGUGAAUAUGUUUUUCGUUGUCCACUAAGAAAAGGUUGAUGUAAAGGGCAUCUUCCUGAACCAAUGAAUUUGGAACAGAACUUCGCAGAGUAGAUGAGUGACCUUUGACAUAUGUUUCUGCUCAUUCAAGAACCUAAAAGUGAAACUCUUUUGUUCUGAUCCCUUGGUAAUAAAAAGCAAAAACAGAUGGCCUUGUAAGAGACAUAAUGUACUCCCUACAUUAUAACGUGUGGUGGCAAACUGUUCAAUUUAGCUCUUGAUUUGCACUGAAGCACGAAUAUAUCCAUUAGUUGCUCGUUUGCAAAGCCAACUCAGCCUUGUAACUUCAAGGAAAUAGUGGUGCAACCAUAAAUGAAAUCAUUUGUCUGCUUUCACGCUUUUACUGCUACCAAAUAGUGCAUAGUGCUUACAAACAAAGAAUAAACGAUUUGCUUGCCCACUAGCUUUGCCAGAGGAUUCAUUCAUAUGGACAGCCCUGCCAGCAUAUUAUCAUUGCUGUGGCGCCAGCACAAUAUAUCCUGUGUGUUUUGUAGAGUAAGGAUAAAUUAGCAAUGUUGAUUGUUUACUCUGUGCUGCUGAGCAUAGAUGCUUAUGCUUUUAUUAUUAUUUAGACCCCUCUCUAGCCUGUACCUUCCGGUACAGUAAACAUUUGAUAAUGGAAUUCCCAGUAAUUCAAAAUUUCAAUUGAAUGAAAUGUAUUGCUAAAUCUUUGUUGACCCACUAUGUUUUCACUGCAUUUUGAAGUUGCCGUUUUAAAACAAGCAAUCUGUUAAUAUUGUGGUUAGUAAUUCAACCUCUUUGGCUUCCUAAGGCAGAGGAAUGCGUCAGCAAAAUAAUGACUCGUCAGAGCACAUUCGUUAUAUGAACAGCCUAAAGAUGUCCACAUUUUACAUGGAGGUACCAUGGCUCUUGUUUGGUGUCACUAGGAGAAUGUACCACCCACUUAUUCGCCAUAAAAUUGAACCGAUCGUAGUCCAUGUGCCUGCUGCAACUGUGUGCCUGUUCGAAUGCAACUGAGUGUCUAUACCUGCACCUCUACUAAACCAUGUUUAUGUUUUGGGGCAUAAUGUAUACUUGUCAUAAUAUAAAUGAAAAUCUAUGACUUCUAACAUCUAUAUUUAACAUGUCGGCCCUUACGUCGGUGUUUUGUUAAGUCACACAAAUUAUGUCAAAGGUCACUUUCCACCUCUGUGCGCAUCUCUGCCACAAGGUUUAAAGUCCAAAAACUUGUUCAGAAGGGGUCUACUUCAAUGGCAUUUGUUAAAAACUGUUUGGCAGAAGGAUUACCUUUAUGCUUUCGAAGACAGUUUGACAUGAUGGUGUAUGUUCAGAAGUGUGUGUGUUAUGGGAUAUGCAUGUUGGAUGUAUAAAUCAGGUAUUUUUAUUUCUUAUUUACCAGUAGUUACUGUUGGAGUUCUAUCAGCUGUUGAAAGUAGUAGUGUUAAUAAGUAUUUUUAAGCCCCUUUGUGUGGUGGUGCAAACCUGGGGCUUGAAUGGCCCUCCGCAAGGAGCAUUUUUUAAUAGCUAAUGCAAAUGUAGUGUAGAGAGAAUCAGACUAUCAAGGAGUGAUAAUGAAAAGUCUUGCUUAUGUACUAUACUGUGUACUAUACUGUAGAUCAGCAGUGCUCUUGAAGUGUCUAUCAUUGUGUAAAACAUCACUUGAAGACUGCAAUCAUUAUGCCAACAUCAUUACACACCUCACCACCCUCAACACUUGGCAAUCAGUGUAAAUUACCUCAUUAAUUUUUGUGCUGUUGUGCCCUGUGUGUCUAAUUGUUCCUCUACUGCACACUCUGCCCUGCGUAUACUAAAGCAUUCGCAGUGAGUCAUUAGCAGUGGUUGUUUGUUGGGGCUGGAAUGGACCAUUUCAAGAUGUGUUCUUUGUACAGUCUAUUUCUUGUUGUUUCCUGCAUAGUCGGCACCCUUGCAUGUAUUUUCGAAACAUAAUCUGCAAGUUCUCUUGUUUCUUUACAACCGUAUAUUUUCACUGUGUCCCUUUUUUCUAGUCAGCAUCCAUCACCUGCUUUGUCUGAACUUGAAAUUACACUAGUAUAGAUCUGCCCUGUCAUUCUAGUCGUAGUAAGAAUGUCGCUGGUGGGCAGGUUUUACGGGCCUGACACUGUCUGCUUUGUUUAA